UCGCCCGAGCAGCCAGCCGUGCGCCGCCGACCCACGGCCCAGAGCAGAGCAGAGGCGUCGCGACCGCGGCCGCUGCCAGUUGGGUUGGGGUCGGAGCCAGGCAGCCACCCAGCCAGCCGCCGAGCCGCGGGCAGGCCCCUAUUAAAGCCGCCGGGCGCGUGCCCUGCGGCAUCCACCAUCCCAACUAGUCCCCCCUCGUCACCUCGCGAUCCCGUCCCCCGCCCCGCCUGGCCGCCUCGUCUAGAACCCGGCCUCCGCCGCGCCCCGGCCCCCCCGACCGCACCGCUCCGCAUCGUCAGGAGGAAGAGGAGGUACACGUCCACCGUCCCGCCACCUUGAUCGCGCGCUCCUAGCCGCCGUGCUCGUAGAUCGCGCCGUCUGACGUGACUCGCGCUCCCGCACUGCCUGCCGGAUCCGUCCGUAAUUGCGUUGUCGCAUCGUUCGUGCUAGUUAAACGCAGGAAUUGGUGGUGAUCGCGUAGAUAUUACACGGAAUUCUGAAACUCCAUCUGCAUUUCUCUUAAAUCCACGGGGAUCACCGGGCCGAGCACAAGAUGUCAGCUGCCACCGUCCCGAAAUCCGGGGCGAGCUUCCGGACCGCCGCCCCGGCGGCCAGGGCGCCCCCUUCCUCCGUCGGCUUCGCGAGGCGGGCGCCCCGCGCGUCGGGGCCGCGGCUCUCCGGCGGGUUCGUGGCCUCCGCGGCGGCCGUGCACAAGGUGAGGCUGGUCGGGCCGGACGGGGCGGAGCACGAGUUCGAGGCCCCCGAGGACACCUACAUCCUCGAGGCGGCCGAGAACGCCGGCGUGGAGCUGCCCUUCUCCUGCCGCGCCGGGUCCUGCUCCACCUGCGCGGGCAAGAUGUCGGGCGGCGAGGUCGACCAGUCGGAGGGCUCGUUCCUCGACGAGAACCAGAUGGCCCAGGGGUACCUCCUCACCUGCAUCUCCUACCCCAAGGCGGACUGCGUCAUCCACACCCACAAGGAGGAGGAGCUGUACUAGAGUGCUCGUGCGUCAGUGAGCUUCAAUGGCGCGGCGCAGUGGCUGAGACCAUGCGUCGCCGUGCCAUAUUGCCAUGGCAGAGGCGGAUUUUUUUUUUGGGGGGGGGAGGGCUCUUGAUGUCUACUGUUGAACAUCUUUUCGUUGAGAUCGUGCCAUAUGAGCUGUGACAAUAAUUGUUGUAACGUGAUUCUGCAAUUCAAACUGCAAGUGUUUUUUGAGCAGCAAUGGCAAAAGGUGCACAUUAUGAUCUGA